AUGAUAGACACAACGACGCAGAUCAAAUCCUUGGUGGGCCCGCAAACAAUAAUACUGGUGGAGUCAAGAUACUGUCUGGGAUUAGAAGAGGUGGUGAAGAAGGCGCUCCCUAAAAGCAAGGUCCUGGGGAUGAUUUGUGAUGCGGACGUUAGAGUCGUAAAGACCCAAAACGGAUACCAAUAUUAUCAUAAAAACCAUAGCACGGCAGCAGUUAUUGGGUCUGCAAUUGCCGAGGACCAAAACACUGUGCGAUUACUCAAAGGAGAAGGAGAUCUUGGGGCCAAACUGACACAACUGACAGAAAUGCUCAAGAAAACAGAGGUUUAUCCCUGCUACUUGAUCCCCAAAGGCAUAAAUCCAACUUUCAACAGCUAUGCUUGGAAAAGGAUUAUUCCAUUUAUUAGUCUGGAAGUCAUGAGCCUUGUUUAUUCAAAGCUAAGCACGUUGGAUGCAAUUCAGUUUGGAAUUCUCAAAGGGGUUUUCUGCGACUUACUCACGCUGGGCCGCAAAUAUGGAGCCCCAGACCUCCCAGAUCCGACAGACUCCUCCAAGACAAAAAGCAUGCUCGAUGUCAUGAUUAGAGACUUCAAUCAAUCCUACCCUGCUAGUGCGAUUAAGACCCCGAACUCCUCGAACUAUACUGACGGAGUGUCGAAAGAUCCGAUGCUAGAUCUCGCAACAUGUGUUCAUAACUUCAGUUACGGGCACGAAACGGGCGUGAAUCUGUCAUUGAAACAAACGAUAGGUCUGGCUACAAAGCACGAUCUCAAAGUGCCAUAUGUGGAAAUGCUUUUCAGCUUUUUUGCAGAGAUCCAAAAGUUGAAAGAUCAAAACGUAUUUGACUGGGCAAACAGAAGGACAUUAGCUGUUCGGGAAUCUAAUGGCUACGGGGUCGCUCCGCCCCAACAGCAGGUACAAUAUCAGCAAUAUCCGAUGCAAACAGGACCGGGCACGAUGAGCCCCAGUCUUGGGGGCACACCGAGUGGACCGACACAGAUGCCGAUGAUGCCUGGAAUGCCCCAGUUCAUGCCUCAAAUGAUGUAUGCGCAACAAUACGCAGGCUAUGCCAUGGUGGCUGGGCCAGCUAACUUUGGCGCAGCAAAUCCAAGUCUUGUGCCAAUUCACCCGAGGUUUCGCCCAGACAGCAGUGGCAAUGUGCCAGGACAGCACACAGUGUCCGCAAUCAAGAACUCGAUGUAUAGAAAAUCAUCCACCUCGACGAUCCAAUCGGGAGAAGAGCUCUCGAGGAGUCAGCGUUCGGUGAUCGAGCACGCCAACGUCAAAAAUAUGUUCAGCAACACAACGAGCAGGUACGGGGAUGUGGACUCGUUCAGCCGUGUGAACGCGUCGAACGGUAGCGUUGCCAGCAGCGGGAGUCUGGCAGGCAGUAUAUGCCCUUCCAAAUAG